UAGAGCAAAGGUUGUCUCUCGCAGUUUAUAGAAGAGAGAUGCUCAAACGAGACGCCUAAAGUUGGGCUUUUGGAGAUUCCUGGAGGUGGUGAAGAUGGCUUUCUUGAAUAUUAACAUCCCGCUAAAACCUGAGAAAUUUUCCUCUUGCCCCUUAGCUUCCUGGGGGAAUGGGGGGCUUUGCUGAAUGAGAGCUACUUACUCGGUGUCCUUCAGCCAGCUGUUUGCCUUUCAUAAAAUGCGUCUGAGAACAGGUCACCAGAACAAAUACAGUGGUGUUUUAAAAGAAGAUUGUGAAAAAGAGGGAAAAGCAUCGCCCAUUCGGAGUGUUCGUUGCAAUCCUGAAAUUCUUCUUACGUGGAAGGAAGGGGGGACUUAAAGGUAGACAGUUCCUCAGGGGCAAAAAAGUAAUGUCACAGAACCUACAAUCAAGAGAAAAAUCUGCAGAGGGACAGGUUGAAAUUUAACCUUUUUUUUUUUUUUGGCAAUCCAUUUGUCCUAACAGGACAUUGACACUAUAUCUGUCGGUUUGAAUGGUAAAGGUGCUUUUUUCCUUUGCUACAAAUCUCUUUAUCAAAACAAAAACAAAAAAACAUGAAUAUAUUUCUUGCCAAUCUAAAAAUAAGAAACUUGACCCAUUUGAGCAAAAAGUCGAAAAUUGCCUGGGGACAAUACCUGACACCCCGAAGAUCCUGCAAUUUGAUCCGCUGCACUCAUAAAAACAGGUACGCUUCCUUACACCCUCUCUGGCAGAGCCCAAUCACCAUCCCGGGAGGCAGCCGCCAGUCUCCGAUCAAUAUCCAGUGGCGAGACAGCGUUUACGACCCUCACCUGGAACCCCUGGAAAUCCGCUAUGACCCGGACACUUGCCUCCACAUGUGGAACAACGGAUAUUCCUUCCUGGUUGAGUUUGAGGACACCGCGGAUAAAUCAAUCAUAACGGGAGGCCCCCUGGAGAACUACUACCGGCUGAAGCAGUUCCAUUUCCACUGGGGAGCCGUCAACGAAUGGGGCUCCGAGCACACCGUGAACUGCAAAGUGUUCCCAGCUGAGCUGCAUUUGGUUCACUGGAAUUGCUGCAAAUUUGGAAGCUUCGAAGAAGCCCUAAUGGACGAAAACGGUUUGGCUGUCAUCGGGGUGUUUUUGAAGCUGGGAGCCUACCAUAAUGGCCUGCAGAAAUUAGUAGAUGCCUUGCCGUCCAUUAAAUACAAGGAUUCUCUGGUUGAACUGGAAGAGUUUGAUCCUUCCUGCUUGUUGCCUUCAUGCCCGGAUUAUUGGACGUACUCGGGAUCUCUGACCACCCCUCCACUUUCAGAGUCGGUCACCUGGAUCAUCAAGAAGAAACCCAUCGAGGUGGACGAAGAUCAGCUGGAGGUCUUCCGGAUGCUGCUCUUUAGUCCGGCUGGAGAAGAUGAGCAAAGGAUGGUGGAUAAUUUCCGUCCCCUGCAACCCAUCAUGGAUCGAACUGUCCGCUCCUCCUUUCCAAAGCGCUUCUGGCAGGACCUGGAAAAGCCGCUGGAGGACCAGAUGUUCCACGCCCGUGAGCAAGGACCCUUUCAGGACACUCUGCACCUUUAAGAGGCUAAACCAGUGUUUCUCAACCUUGGCGACUUUAAGUCCUGUGGACUCCACAGGACUUUAAGUCGCCAAGGUUGAGAAACACUGGGCUAAACAUUAUUAUCUGCGCCUGAAAAGUAGUUUAGCCUCAAGCUAAGAUCGGUGGCUACAAAGAGGCUGUGAGAUUUAUGGUCCUUCCCUCUUCCGAAAGAACGGCUCUGGCAGCGUGAGAACCACUUGGAUUCUUCCCCCAACAACAGAUCAAAAGCACCAGUUAGGACUCCAAGCCCCACCUCUGCUGUCCAGGUGUUUUCUCCAUCAGCAGAUGCUGCAUUGCAAGAGCUGGACAGUUGGGUAAGGCCUCUCGGAGGACCUCUGAGGGACCAGGACUGUUCACGGAGAGAGGAAAUUUAUACAAUUUGACAAGAGCAGGAGUUUCCGCUUUGACUCAGAUGCCAGGAUUAGAACAAUCUGAAUUGCCGAUUGUUCUGGGGAAUUAUAGUAUUAACGCACCUGAGGGCCGUUCUGUGGCAGAAACCUUGGCCAGAUGACCCUCUUCUACCUCCAACGGGUGGCCCAACUUUAUAGCAGUUCCUCUCCUCCCCCCUCUGUACAUACAAGAGGCUGGGAGUUAUUUGGGAUCUAGGAAACGAGAGGAAAACCUUUUCUGUUUAAAUCAGCAGGUUUGAAUGGAUGUCGGGCUAGGAAACAACCAGGCGCACUUAGAAGGAAAUACCCAACAUAGGCACGAUUUACAUUACACGGAAACACGAUAGGAUCCAUCCCCUAUCCUAAAUAUGUGCCCUUGCUGAUGCAUAAAACCUGCCAGG